ACAGGAUCACACACUUGCAGGCUCACAUACUCCCACUCCCCCAUGCUCCCAUUCCCACAUGCUCACAAGCUGACAUGCUCACACUUCCACAUGAUCACACACUCAUAUGCUCACACUCCCAUGCUCCAACAUGCUCACACCCUCACAAACUCAUACACUCAACACUCACAUGAUCCCACUCUCAUGUGCUUACACUCCCACACUCAUACACCCACAUGCACCCACUCCCACAAGCUCCAGGCUGACAUGCUUGCACAGCCACAUUCUCAUACACUCACAUUUUCUUUCACUCACAUGCUCAUACACUCCCACCCCCACACACUCACAUGCUCACAUGCUCACACACUCAUAUGCCUACAUACCCACACACAUAUACAUGUUCACAUGUUCACACAAUCACAUGCUGACACUCUCACAUGCUCACACUCCCACAUGUUGACAGUCACACUCCAGGAAACCCCACUCAUUCAUCCACCCUCAUCAUUGUCCCUAACACUGGGGGCCUCUCCUUAGCCCUGUUCUUCUCUGCAGCCAGAUGACCCAAGGAGGGUGCAGAGGGCUUGGGGUGGCCUCAUUUCCUUUGGGCUCCUUACACUGCCUCUGCAGCCCCAAGGCCCAGGUGGAUGGCAGGGAGCAGGUCCCACAGCUGACCACCGGGCACUAUCUUGAGCAAGUGGGUGCCAGGCUGGAAGAGUGGGAUGGUGAUAAGGAUGAUGCCUCUCAUCCUGGAAGGGAUCACAGCACUUCCCUGAGAGGCCCAGACAGAGUACCCCAACGUGACCCAGAGGGAAUGGGGCAGAGAAAUGGGAGGACAAUCCUGGCACACAGGCCCUUCCACCUGGAAUUUCCAUCCCAUUCCUCCCUCACCAACCUGUCCUGCCCGACUCUCAGAGGGACCUGCCCCUCCCAGAGGCUGUGGCUGGGACAGCCCCCUGACCCCCGUAUUUCCUGGGCAGAGCUGUGGCCAGAUGAAGGUUGUGCUGAGGCUCAGGACGGGGAGCUGGAUGGGCUGUGGACGACCAUCUCCAUUUUCAUCACCCUCUUCCUGCUAAGUGUGUGCUACAGUGCCACCGUCACCCUCUUCAAGGUGAAGUGGAUCUUCUCCUCAGUGGUGGAGCUGAAGCAGACAAUCAUCCCCGACUACAGGAACAUGAUUGGGCAGGGGGCCUAGGGUCACCCUUCCUGCUCUGGCAUCCAGGGAUUGUACAUAGAGGAGGUGCUGUCCUGGCCUCGGACCCCACAGAAGAGAAGCCAUUGGCCCCUUGCAGCUCAAACCCCCCACUCCAGACCUGUACCUCUCAACUCUGACCUCAUUGACCCCUGAUCUUGCCACCCUCUGACCCCAUAGGCCUUUGACCCUGCUCUUUCUGACCCUGCCACCCUCUGAACUGCUGCCUCAUCUACAUCCCUUUGGAGAACUUUGAAGGCAGCAAACUCUAACCCCAGACCUCAGCUGCCUGGACACCUGCUGGUUCCCCCAUAACCAAGCACAUGUGCACAGCAGCAACCAGAAGUGCUGGACAGGGUGGGUUGCAGACAGAACCAUGUGCACUUCUGGGGCCCAACGCACUGAGAGCAGGAGCAUCAGGCCCUGUUCCAAUAACUCAGGCCCAGACACAUCACUGCCCAGCUCAUGCAGAUUCACACUGAAUAGGGCCAAGUGUCCAGCUGUCAAUCAGGGAAAGGGCAGGACUUCAUAGGAAAUGGAGCUGGGACUCCACCCUUCACCAUGACCCAGGUUGCAAGGGUUUCCCACAGAGGCUGUGGUGGGGACACCGCAUUGUGAAGGGCAGCCUCUGGGAGGUGCCACUGUCCACUUCGCAGAUCUCCCUUCUUCCUGGCCCUCAUCUGGCCACACUCCAUCCUGGGAGCUUUAGUGCACACCUGGCCUGAGACAGAGUCUCACUGGAGCCUCCAUCCAAUCACUGGUUCACCUCAGCUGAGCCGCUGUCCAGCCUCCAUGCUCUGGCACCUUCUUUUAGCACGGAGAUCUCUGCAAAGACCACACCCUGGAUACCCAAAGUAACCUCAGAUGUGGGAUCCAACACAAAUGGACAGACAUUCCUGACUGCCUGCUGGGGAGAGUGAGAGGACAGACUCAGGACAUCCUGCCAUCUCCCAAUAAUUAACCACAGCUUCGCUUCAAAGGUCUGUCCUCAAGGAUGUGGGCAGUGGGAGUUUGUCUUCACCUCUACACAGGGAAUCCCUGCAGAGGAGAAUGUGGGCAGGAGUGAAGGGGUGAGAGAUCUAUCCUUCCCUCCACCUGGGGAGUCCCUGCGGAUGAGGGCAUGAGCUGGCAAUUGUGUGGCAUCAGCAGGUGCCCAGGCAGGUGCAAGGAUGGGAUGCCUGUGAGGGGUGGGCAUCUCUGUCACUGAGGAAGGGCAGAUGACCAGUCAGUGACAGUCAGAUGGGCCUCCUGGGAGGGGCCUAGGCAGGAUGUUGUCACGUGAGAGGCAGCCUCAGUGGCUCCCAUGGACAGAGGAGGGGAGAGGGGAGUCUCUGGACCCUAGUGCUGGGAGAGUGGGGACCACAGGCCUCCAGUCAGUGAGCAUGCGGUGGGGGUUCAGACACAACAGAAGAGAGUGCCCUACCUUGGGAGACUGAACUGGGCAGCUGUGGGCUCUGGUACCAUUCGCAGUCCCAGGGGCCUCAGCACGCCUCUAGGUUGCUUGUCUCAUUGCUUCUCAGGGCAAGAGAGCCACAUAGACAGGGCCAGAGGAAAAAUCACCCUGCUCUGUGCAGCUGGAGCACUUCUGUGUACUGGAGGCCCUCAGGAGGCUACUUGGGCCAAGCCACAUGCUCUGGGGGCACCCCACUAAAAGGAUAGAGCCUCAAUUAAUGAUGAUGAUUUGGAGUAUGGCAGAGGGGAACUCGUAGAGAUAAAUUGCUCAAAGGAAAUAUGAGAAAUUCAGUUUCGGUAUCUUUUUCUCCUCUUUAAUUUUCUGAAGCCCAUUCAUUGUCUGUAAUGUGCAUGUUUCUACUUUGUUAAAAAUGACAAUAAACCAGCUUUUAAAAUGAUAAAA